ACCGCCCUCCCUGGGCCCGUCCCGCGGUCCGAUCGGGCCUUCCCGGUACUGCCGCCCGCUGCUUCUGGCCAGUCCAAGAUGGAGGGCGUCCGGGUGUCGCUGCUCGCCCUCCGGCUUCUCUUGAUCGCGGCGCUGCCGGCCGCCGGGUGGCUGAAGACUGGCACCCCUGAGCCGCCGCCGCCUCCGCCCCGACCCCCGAAGGACAGCAUUAGAAUUAAUGUAACUACCCUGAAUGAUGAUGGGGAGGGAACUGAAGAACAGGUUCUUCUUAACAUAACCUAUCAGAGUGGACAGGUCUAUGUAAAUGACUUCCCAGUAAAUAGUGGUGUAACCCGAAUAAGCUGUCGGACGUUGAUAGUGGAGAAUAAAAAUCUGGAAAAUUUGGAGAAAAAAGAAUAUUUUGGAAUUGUCAGUGUAAGGAUUUUAGUUCAUGAGUGGCCUAUGACAUCUGGUUCCAGUUUGCAACUAAUUGUCAUUCAAGAAGAGGUUGUAGAGAUUGAUGGAAAACAAGCUCAACAAAAGGAUGUUACUGAAAUUGAUAUUUUAGUUAAGAACCAGGGAAUACUUAGGCAUUCAAACUACACGCUCCCUUUGGAAGAAAGCAUGCUGUACUCCAUUUCCCGAGAUGACGACAUUUUAUUUACCCUUCCCAAUCUCUCCAAAAAAGAAAGUGUCAGUUCAUUGCAGACCACCAGCCAGUAUCUUAUCAGGAAUGUGGAAACCACUGUAGAUGAAGACGCUUUACCUGGCAAAUUACCUGAAACUCCCCUCAGAGCAGAGCCUCCAUCUUCAUAUAAGGUGAUGUGUCAGUGGAUGGAAACGUUCAGAAAAGACCUGUGCAGGUUCUGGAGCAGUGUUUUCCCAGUGUUCUUUAUGUUUCUGAACGUCAUGGUGGUUGGAAUUAUAGGAGCAGCUGUGGUAAUAACCAUCUUAAAGGUGCUUUUCCCAGUUUGUGAAUACAAAGGAGUUCUUCAGUUGGAUAAAGUUAAUAUUGUACCUGUGACAGCUAUCAACUUAUAUCCAGAUGGUCCUGAGAAAACAGCAGAAAACCUUGGAGAUAAAACAUGUAUUUAAAACAUCAGCUCAAAUCAUGGACUCUGCAUUAGUGUAUUGGCUCUAAAUUCGCCACUUGAAAAUAAGAAUCAGUUUACACAGUACAGAAAUUGCUCAACUCCUAAAACUUGAGCUUUAAUAGGUUGAAGUUCACCUUAUUCUCUAACAGGGAUUGCUAUUUAGAUAAUGAAUUGUUAAGAAAAAUUUAAAGUGGAAAAAAAAGACGUGAAGAAACUUUGAAAUUACCAAAAAGAAAAAAAAAAGGCAAGACACAAUGCCACGUGCCAAUACUUUUCAAGGUGCCUUUGUUAAGGAAAUUAUAUCCACUUAAUUACUGUAAUAUAUAAGAUUUUCUGAAGAGCACUUUAUAAAACUCUAAUUUAAAAGCUCAAGAACUUAACACUUAUUUUUGUAUUCAGUAAAAUGUGCCUUUAUAUUAAGUAUGUGACUCAGUGUAAAAUCACUGAAGUAUAUCAUGAUUUGCUUGUCCUGUACCAAGACCACUUACCUUAAAUGCACCAGGAUUUAAAAAUAGUAGUGACAUGUUCUCACUCUAAAUUAAAAUUUUUUUGGAGGAAAAAAGUAGUCUUUUUGGUAUGAAAACUUUGCCCAGGUGAGAAUUACUUCUAUACAAUAUUCCUUUUACAUGCCCUGGCUAAAACAAGGCUUACAUCAGUUCAUGAGUCCAUCAAUAUCAUGGAGUUACAAUGUACUUUUCCUAUGGUUCUGAGUGUAGUGCUAUUUAUCCUCCAACAGUGUUUGGUCUUUUUUUUUUUUUU